UCUCUCCCUUCUCCAUUUUUGCAUCCUCUUCGGACACUCCGAUAUUCCAUUGAUCUUCCACUCUCUCAACUUCCAAAGUUUUGAUCUUUUUCUGAUCACCAUCCACCCCAUGUAACCAUAUUAUCACCUGAGUGGCUUCUUCGUCCGAAUAAAAAGGAAAAAGAUUGAAUUUUGACGCAUUCCCAGAACAUAUGUUGCUUUUUUGAGUGGUGGCUAGCUAUUUCAUGGGUUGAACUUGAAGAAUUAUGGGUAGCUUUAGCGAAUUCGAAGAAUGUCGGUUUUUUGAUGCUCAAGAAGAUGUUGUGUCCAUUGCAGAUUCAGUAUCUGAUGGAACUGACACCCUUGACAUCAAAUCUACUUCCAAUGGAAGAAUAGGAUUGGAGGGCUUUGACUAUGAUGUGUGGAUUCGGAGCCCGAGGAGUGUUCGAGAGCGUAGGGGCAAGUUUAUGAAGAAGAUGGGACUGAGUGUGAAUGGGAUUGAGAAUUCAGUGGAUGUGGUUGGUGUUGUUGAGCAGGAAGAGGUGAGGGAUAGAGUGGAGUAUAGUAGUGGGGCUGUGACUAGAACUUGUGAUGGUUUUGAAGAGGAGUUCUGUUCGAGUCGGUCAUCUAUGUCUUGUUUUUCCAGUAUUGAUUCUUCAAAGGAGUAUGGUUUGGAGGAGAACUUGCUGUGCCAAGACAAGAAUUCAGACAAGAGAGUUGAGUGUAAUGUGGAUCCAAAGGGGGAACAGAGGAAUAUGAGGGAUGGUAGGGAUGUGGUUCUGGAUCGGUUGGCGAAUACAGGGGAACCUGAUGAUUCUGAGAAACCCUCUGGGGUAACUCCUUCUUGGCAGACGAAUGGGAAUAAAAGGAGUUGGCUCAGAAGAUUGCGGUCGUUUACAUGUAUGCUUGAUAAUCAAGGUGACAAUGGUUUUGGCUCAGGAUGUAAGCUUCAGAGAGUUAAGGUUCGGCAAUGCAAGAAGCAAAUGAAGGAAUUGUCUGCUCUUUACAUGAGACAAGAUAUCAAAGCGCAUGAAGGUUCUAUUACGACAAUGAAAUUCAGUCCUGAUGGCCAGUAUCUUGCAAGUGGCAGUGAAGAUGGAGUUGUGCGCUUGUGGCAAGUGAUUGAGGAGGAUAUGUCUAAUGAAAUUGACAUUUCAGAAAUUGACCCAUCCUCCCUUUACUUUACAGUGAAUAAUCUCUCUGAAUUGAAACCUCUGUUUAUGGACAAGGAGAAAAUCAACAAACUGAAGAGCAUGAGAAAAACACAAGAUUCAGCAUGUAUCAUUUUCCCUCCUAAGAUCUUCAGGUUGUUGGAGAAACCGUUGCAUGAGUUCUAUGGGCAUAGAGGUGAAGUAUUGGAUCUCUCCUGGUCAAAGAAUAAUUAUCUUCUCUCGUCAUCCGUUGACAAAACUGUCCGUCUGUGGCAAGUGAAAUCCGAUAAUUGCUUGAAAGUUUUCCCACACAGUAAUUAUGUGACAUGCGUACAAUUCAAUCCCGUAGAUGAUAAUUAUUUCAUUAGUGGAUCUAUAGAUGGAAAAGUGCGCAUCUGGACGAUUCCUGAUUGUCGUGUCAUAGAUUGGACCGACAUUAGAGAUAUAGUAACGGCAGUAUGUUAUCGACCCGAUGGCCAGGGAGGGAUUAUUGGGUCCAUGGCAGGAAAUUGUCGAUUUUAUAAUGUAUCAGAUAAUCAGUUGCAGUUGGAUUCCCAACUAUGUUUACUUGCUAAAAAGAAAUUUACUGGAAGAGGGAUAACAGGCUUUCAGUUUUUUCCACAAGAUUGUAACAAAGUUAUGGUUACCUGUGCGGAUUCACAAGUCAGAAUCCUUGACGGGCUUAAUGUGAUUGGCAAAUACAAGAGCGUAGGCACAGGGAGCCCAAUGAGUGCAUCUUUCACUUCUGAUGGCAAACAUAUAUUAUCAGCAUCCGAGGAUUCUAAUGUAUAUAUGUGGAAUGUUAGUCAGGAGGAGUCUAUUCCCAUGAAAGCUAAGAAGAUUUGGUCUUCUGAGCGGUUUUUCUCAAACGCUUCCAUUGCAGUGCCUUGGCAAGGUUUGAAACCUCAGACCAUGGAAAAUGAACACCAAUGGAAUGUCCUAGAUAAAACUUCACCCGAAUCUGUACAUCUUAACCCACCUGCUUCAUUCUCCCUGGGUCAAGAGUAUUUCUUGGAGGCUUUGCCUAAGGGAUCUGCAACUUGGCCAGAGGAGAAGCUUCCAAUUUCUAGCUCCAAGGCAAAAACGUCUACAAUGCUUAAAUCCGAGUACAGGUUCUUGAAAUCUUCAUGCAGGAGUACCUCUCGUUCUCAUGCAUGGGGGAUGGUCAUUGUGACUGCAGGCUGGGACGGUCGGAUAAAGACAUUCCACAAUUACGGAUUACCCGUACCCGUUUGAGAAGGGGGGGAGGGGGAGGUGAAUUUUCCUUGGCAUAAGCAAGCUGUCCUCGGAAAAUUACAUGGUGCUGAUGUUGUUGGGAGUUGAGAGUGAUGUUGACUUUGGCAGCAACUGUGACAUAGCAUGUCAAAGUCAAAGCCUAAGCAUGAAUUAGAGGAACUUUGGCUUUUGGAGGGGCCCCCUUCACAUUGGUAUCGCUGGUUGAACAGUGACAAGUGGUUACAUUACUGUGGUUCAAAAAUGUAAUGUUGCUGGAAUUUAGCAAGUUGCCAAGUUACAUUGCCUUUUGAUAGUCUAGAAUCUGCUGGCCCCUAAAGGAGAUGCAAAUUCAUGUGUUAGAAGCUUGGAAGGGGGUCCUAUCAGAUAUUAUUUUGAUUAUGUUGAAAGGACUGUGGGGCCUUCACAACACUCCAUGCUUGCUACGAUGAGUGGAGGAGAUUCAAGCACUGCUGAUUGAGGUUAACCUUGAGCAAAAUUGCCAUUUAGCAGAGAGAGAGCUAUGUGUUUUCAUCAUUACAUUAUUGGCAGGGCUAACUAAUUGGAUCUCUUUGUCUGCCAAUGUGGCCGUCGAUCUCCUGGUGGGGCCGCCGGAAUUGGACAUCGGUGCCUUUUGCGCUCUCCGGUGAUACAAACAAUACAUACAACAACCAAUCUAAUUAUUGCUGCAUUUAGUGGCUCCAAGCCUUUGGAAGCUGCUUCAAUGCUCUAACAAAAAAUCAUUGCUAACAAAGAAAUAUUUCUGUAUAUCAUCAUCAUCAUCUCAAUUUUAGGCUGAGAUCACCUUUCAUUAGGAUCUUAUCCUUUUCCAAAUUGUAUUGCCAUUUUGGUGUUUUGAGGGAUAUAUACUAUGUAAGUAAAAUUUUGUUGCCUUCGAUUUAUGAAUGGAAACAGUGGUAAACCAGAAAGAAAGUUCU